AAGCGCUUGAUUACCAACUGCUUUUACCGACCGCCAUAAAAUUAGUCAGUAAAAAAAAAAUUAGCGACCGAAAAAAAACCAGUCGGUAAUUUACCGACCGAAAAUUUAGCGGUCGCUAAAUUUUAAGUUUACCCACCGCUUUUAAAGCAGUCGGUAAUUUAUCGACUGCUUUUUCUUGUAUUCCGACUAAAGAGCGGUUGGUAAAAAUCCGACUAUUUCCAAAACUCAUUCAAAAUUUUAAUUACCGCCUAUUUAAUAUCUCCAACCAUAUAAGCGGUCGGUAAUAUUUUAAAGGAAAAAAAAAGGUUUGAGUACUUUGCGACCAACUUUCAUUCAGAUCUACAUUUCAAAAUAAUUAUAAAAAAAACGACCUCCCACCGAUUUGGGCUGCCGGCGACGAGCCCUUCCCAGCCCAGUCGACGCACUUCCCAGCCGACGCACUUCCCAGCCGACGCACCUCCCAGCCCAGUCGACGAGCCCUUCCCUGCCGGCGACGCACCGACGCCCAGCCCCACCCCUCCACGACGCCGACGCAGGGGAUACGCAGCCGCUCACAACCACGACGCAGCCACCCUACACGUCGCCGCCACCCGCCCAGCCCAGUCGACGCACAUGUGUUUGUUCAAUUAACCAGUAUCAGUGUAGAUGGGUGUAGAUGGUGUUGAUGGAGGAAGAUUAAGAUUAAUGGUUUGAGUAAGGCGGGGAUAUCGGCCGAUUGUUGAGUAUCAUAUAAUCCUGCAACAAAAAAACUCCGAAUUUGGUAUCAUGAAAAGAAGAGAGCGUAGUUGGAUGUAUGAUAGACUCGACGGGCGCAAUCUUAAGCCCGACUUUCUCAAGGGGGUUGGAGAGUUCAUUGAGUUUUGCAAAGAGCAUCCAACAUGCAAUGAUGGUGACAAAAUAAGAUGCCCAUGCCCCUUGUGUGAUAACAGGCGUUUUCAUGAUACUGAAACAGUUAGAGUACAUUUGUACAAGAAGGGGUUUGUUCGUAAUUACUAUCAAUGGAUAUGUCAAGGGGAAAGCUUAGUAGAGUCCUCGCGUGUUCAGCCAAAUCAAUAUCGGGAUAUGGUUAUUGAUGCUCUUGGAAAUAAUCAAGAGCAUUUGGUGAAUGAAGAGGGUAAUUCAGUUGAAGAAGAACCAAAUGAUGAAGCUAAGAAGUUUAUAGACCUUCUAAAGGCAGCUGGAGAUCCAUUAUAUGAAGGGAGCAAACUCUCUGUGUUGGAGAUGGCAUCAAGAAUUGCAAGUUUGAAAUGUGAAUUCAACUUACAACACAGGUGUGUGGAUGGGUUUGCAUCUUUGAUGAAUGAUGCGAUUCCAAAUAACAACCAAAUGGGUAGAACUUUCAAUAGCACAAAGAAGGUUCUUGAGGGCUUGGAACUUCCUCAUGAGAGGAUCCACACAUGCCCUAAAGGUUGUUUGCUCUUCUGGAAAGGCGAUGCACAGUUAGAUAAAUGUAGAGUAUGCGGAAGUGAUCGGUAUAAGAAGACUGCAAAGGGUAAGCUUAUUCCAGCAAAAGUUCUAAUCUAUUUUCCAAUCACACCGAGGUUGCAAAGGUUGUAUGCUACCAAGAACAUUUCGGAGGAUAUGACUUGGCAUGCCAAGAAUCCCCGAGUUCAAAACACCUUCGCACAUCCUAGUGAUAGUCAAGCGUGGAAGCACUUGGAUACAACCUUUCCUAAUUUCGCAUCAGAGCCACGAAAUGUCAGGCUUGGUUUGUGCACAGAUGGAUUUGCCCCCCAUGGUAAAUUUGGAUCCCAAUAUUCAUGUUGGCCGGUUAUUCUUACACCAUACAACUUGCCUCCAUCGAUGUGUAUGAAAAGACCAUUCAUGUUCCUUUCUUUGCUCGUUCCCGGUCCUAAAAAUCCUAAAGGAAACUUGGAUGUGUACAUGCAACCACUCAUUGAAGAGUUGAAACAGUUAUGGGAGGUUGGGGCUAUGACUUAUGACAUCUCAAGCAAGCAGAAUUUCAACCUCCGCGCAGCCCUUUUGUGGACUAUUCCACUAUGUAAGGUUUGAUCACAGUUUCAUUUCGCGGGAUAUUACUAACGUCAUCCAGAAAUAUUUCAAGAGUCCUUGGACGUGUUAUACCAAAGUUGACAAGGAUACAAAAGAUCAUUGGUUCACUCUAUUCAAGAGGACCUAUAAAUGGUUGCCUGAGUUUGAUCACCUUGCUGUGCGUGAUUACCAUGCAAAUGCAUAUAAACGGGUUAAGUACAUCCACUACCAAAUAACAAGAAAGAGUAAUGGAAGGAAGCCAGAUUGGAUGUCUGAGAAAGUGCAUGCAGAUAUGAUGAAGCACGUGGAUGAUGAUGAAUUCAAGAAAAGAUCUGAGCAGGCUAAGAAAAAUAGAAGAGGGGGUUCAUUAACCAACAAUGUUGAACCAUCACAUUUCCAAGGUUCCAUUUCCACAACUGAGGCUGCAAAGAAAAUGGCAAAGGAAAGUGGAGGUGUGAUGCCUACAGCUGGUGACUUAUAUUUGAAGACACACACGAAUGAAGUACCGGGUAAAGGGAAAGUCCCUUGUAGUAGCAAAGCAAAGCAAAUCAAGG